AAGCUUUUAGGCAAGGAAUGAGUGUUCGUCUCGCACGGUGUGAUCCCAAAUUAUUGGACUUUGUUACGUGGGUAGUUAUAAGAGGCUGUCGCUUAUUUCAACGCGUUCAUAUCACUCCUAAAGGUCUCUUAGCUACAGAAAGAAUUCCUGAGUAUGAUUUUGUUGCCAUAGUGCCGGUAGGAGCCACAUUGAGCAUCUUCAACGUGAUUGAGGAUAUUACCUUCCCAUUUAAAGUUUCUUCCUUGAAUCACGGUGACAAGAUGCCUUUCUUUCAGGAUCUCACGCGUGGAGACUUUGCUCUUAUUGCGUUUCUGGCCAAGGCUUUGCUAACUGGGAAUCCGCGUGGGAUAAAAAUGUAUUUGGACAUUCUGCCAUGCGACCAUAAAGUAUUCAUUGAAUCGGUGCUUAGUGCCGCGCAGGCUACGGAGGGCUAUCAGAUCUCGACUCACACACUGCUGACACAAUGCGGAGCGUGUAGAAACGAUUUUGACGCAGCAUUUAGGCACGCCUACUGCCUGUACCGAAGGCAUGCCAUUCCCUUUUGGGCUUCGCAUGGAACCUGGGGAACGGGACAUCCGUACUUUCAGAAUUUGCCGUUUGUGCAAGCAGGAGUGGGGAACAUCAUGGGAAUGGUCCCUGUUCUGGACUUGUCUUUGCAUUCACCUACACCAAACGCCUCUAUUGGUUACCCUGAUGAGGAGAUGCUUUUGUGGAUAUCACAGCAAAAAAAAAUGAAUACUAAUCCUAGAGAGAAUUAUUUUGUUAUGCAAGCGCUGCGAGAUAUAGAGAAGGGUGAGAUGGUAACAACUGACAAAAAUAUGUAUUUCAACUUUGACGAUGAUACCUUCAAGGAUUGGUUCGGAUUUCCAAAUGAAUCACAAGUUUCAUAUAACUGAGUUAAAUCCACCAAAAGUCAGGUAUCGAUAGGGAUGAUGUUAGUACAUUUGACCGCGGAGAGAUUUAGUGAGUCCUGAGCAUAGGACUGGGCACCUACCCACAACUAUGGGCAGGUUCAUAGUUACGGAUGCUACCUAUUUUAUUAAUGGGUGCAAGACGAUCAAAAAA